UAAAACUGUCAAUCAAUGACAUUUGGCUGCUGCGUAUGAAGUCAGAACUCUGAUCUCGAAAAGAACAGUUAUUACCCUACAGAUGCUUUGCUAAUAUUACCAGGGGCAACUAGGAUCAAAAUACUAGAGGGGGAUUUCCUGAAAAGUAGCCAAUCACAGGCGAUGACCACUCUCUCCUGUUUAGAGCAAGUGUUCUAACUUUAGGUUGAGGAUUUACAUUUUUUGAGAUCCUGAUUCAGAAAUAUAAAAAAGGUUCUCAGUUUCUUAUCCUCAUCAUUGUUAUAAUUUUCCAGGUCCUAUGGAGUCCUGCAGCCUUCAUUGUCUCCGGAUUGUUCUGAUUGGGAAGACCGGCAGUGGGAAGAGCUCAUCAGGAAACACCAUCCUGGGAAAAAUUAAGUUUAAAACUGAAGCAUCUCCACAGUCAGUUACUAUGAAGUGUCAAAAAGCUGAAACUGAAGUAGACGGUCGUUGUCUUGCUGUUGUCGACACUCCUGGUCUGUUUGACAACAAUCUGUCACCUGAGCAGGUCAAUGAAGAGCUGAUGAAAUGCAUUGAUCUUCUGGCUCCAGGUCCACAUGUCUUCCUGCUGGUGCUACCGAUCGGCAGAUUAUCACCAGAGGACAGAGAGACAUUCACACUUAUUGAGGGAGUUUUGGGAGAAAAUUAUGAAAAGUUUACAAUCAUCCUUUUCACCAAAGGAGGCGCACUAAAACAAGAUGACAUGUCCAUUGAAGAUUAUAUUAAAGAUUCAUGUGAUGAUUCCUGUAAGAAGCUGAUCUCUGACUGUGGAGAAAGAUACCAUGUGUUUGAAAACUAUGAUAAAAAGAACCGCUCACAAGUUACUGAUCUGAUCCAAAAGAUCGAUGAGUUGAUAAAGGUCAAUGGAGGCAACUGCUACACCAGCGACCUGCUGAACGAUAAAUGAAUCUGCUACAACUGUGGCCUGCUUAAAUGUUAACUGGUUAAAUGGUAAAGAUGGCAUAGCAAUUAUGAAACCUCCCAUUAUAGAAUAAUAUUUUAUAUCAUGGGUCUGUUGUUUGAACUAGCAGCAGCAGUUCUCAAUCAGUUUUUCUUAGUUGUAUUUUGGCCAUAAAGUGUUGUCUUUUGUAGAAAACUUGUUUAUCGUGUUUAUGUGUGUCAUGCAUUUUUUCUGAGAAGGCCACUAUAUCAACUCAAUAUUUUAUCCUUUAUUCUAUACUAUGUUUCACCAGGUAGGUAUUCAAUUCGGAAAAUUUACGUAGAAGGAAAGACUUUGAGGAAGCAGUCGACUAUGUCCAAUUGCAAAGUUGAGUUAGAAGGUAUUUUCUGCUGUUAGAUCACGGUGCUUUAAGAGAAUUUGUAAGCUUUACAGUAUAGAAGGCAGACAUUUCUAUGUUUUCUUACAAAAGGUUUAUUUUUUAGCUUUCUAAUUGUUUUUUACUUAAUGUUCAUGCCUGUCUGAAUGUUUUAAUUAAUUUGUUGUUCGCAAUUUUUUUUAUAUUAUUG